AAAUUGCCCACCAAAAAAAUGAAAAGCAUUUCCGAUUUUUGACAUCCGACCGAACCCAAACUUCAAAAUUGAAAUCUGCGUUAACUGCAUGUUUGGAAAUCUUGGUUAUAAUCAUUGUUGCAUAGUUUUAAAAAUUGAUAUUUUAGUGAAAAAUGACUAGAGAAAAUAUAGAACUGGGAAAUGUUACUCCACACAAUAUAAAACAACUUAAAAAACUGAAUAGUGUCGUCUUCCCGGUAUCAUACAACGACAAAUUUUACAAAGAUGUUUUAGAGGCUGGAGAAUUAGCAAAAUUAGCUUAUUACAAUGAUAUUGUUGUGGGUGCAGUUUGUUGCCGAAUAGAUACUUCGGAAAAGAGUAGGAGGUUGUAUAUAAUGACACUGGGUUGUUUAUAUCCCUAUCGAAGACUAGGCAUAGGAACGUUAAUGGUACAGCAUGUUUUAAAUUAUGUAGAACAGGAUGGGAAUUUUGACAGUAUAUUUUUGCAUGUUCAGGUAAAUAAUGAAGGUGCCAUUGAUUUUUAUAAGAAAUUCGGAUUUGAAAUUGUCGAAACAAAAGAACAUUAUUAUAAAAGAAUAGAACCAGCAGAUGCUCAUGUUUUGCAGAAAACAUUGAGAAAAAAAGACCAAACUAAUGGCACCAUUGAGUAAUUUAAAAUCAGUAAUUAUUUUUUUAACUAAUGACAAAUUAUUUUCGUUGUUUUUACCAUUUGUUUUAAUUUAAGUCGUUUUUUUUUUUUUGUUGUACAGAACUGGAAAUAAAACCAAGUGUUCACUU